CAGCUGUAUUGUCUGCAUGUGCCUUUUUCACCUAUUUAUUAUCCAUGCAAGACUGUUUUUCCCUUUCUUUUACUCCCUCUGAGAUCAUCUCUUUUGUGCCUUCAGCAAGCAUCCAGCAGUCGAGGCCUCCUCAAGCUCUCUGUUAUGGAAGUGAAGUGGAUUCAUGUGUUGGUCAUCUUCUUCUUCCUGCUGUCUGUUGCUAUGACAGGCUGCUUUCUGUGGCAGUACAGCCUCCCCAAGGCGGAGCCCAACCCACCUGUGAUGGAAGUAAGAUCAGAAUCUGUGCAGAUGUGCCCACGCUACCCUGAACCAGUACCACUGGACCACCCAAUCCCCAUUUUGAAGGAAGCAUUGGAGAAGGUAGACUUGAUGCUGCGCCAAAAGAUUCAUAACUCUGGUCUUCCUGCCAUGUCUGCCAUCGUUAUCUACAAUGACACUGUGCUCUGGACGGGCAACUUUGGAAAGAAGAAUGCUUCAGAUCCCUUCUCAGUGGUGCCCAAUGAGUACACUAUUUACAGAAUCGCCAGUGUCUCCAAGAUCUUUCCCACCCUUAUGCUGUACAAGAUGUGGGAGGAAGGGAAAGUCACAUCUCUGGAUGACCCUUUGGAACGUUACGCCCAGAACUUUGCUAUUAAAAACCCUUUGGGAAGGUUCAGGGAAUCAGAACAGAGAUAUACAGCAGAUGGGCUGAUCUUUGUGGAAAAAGGUUCGAUACCACUUAAGCCAUCACCUGUUACCUUGCGCAGGAUGGCCAGCCAGCUCUCAGGUCUCCCCAGGAGACUGCGAUCUACCAGCCUGCUGUGGAAAGGCAACACACAAGAAGCUCUAGCUCUCCUGAAGGAUGAUGUCUUGGUGGCUGAUCCUGGAACCAGAUGCCACUACAGCAAUUUGGCCUUCUCUCUGAUGGCACACGUGCUAGCUGACCAUGCAGCUGAUGGACAAUACCAGCGAUGGAUCUCGGAGAACAUCCUGGACCGCUUGGGCAUGGAGGACACUGGCUUUGACAUCACACCACCCAUCCGCUCCCAGAUGGCGGUGGGUUUCUAUAGCAGCCAGCAGCCAGCCCCUCUCUACGACCUCGGCUGGUACAGACCUUCUGGACAGAUGUACUCUACAGCUGCUGACCUUGCCAAGCUGGCAAUGGUCUUUUUAGGCACCUAUCACCGUCGUCUCCUAGAGCCUGACACAGUGAAGACAAUGCUGACACCUCUGUUUAAGUGCUCCACUGAAUACUUUGCCAACAAGACUGGAACGCCCUGGGAGAUUAACGAGCAAUUGGGAUAUGAUGUCAUCAGGAAGGAUGGAGACCUUGAUGGCUAUUCAGCUACUUUCUCACUGAUCCCCAAGCUCCGCCUGAGCUUCAUUGUACUGAUGGCUGGGCCCAGGCCUCAGGGUGGAGAUCUUGUGACCCAGACAUAUGAGUAUCUCAUCACUGCCAUGGAGACUGCGUUCAGAGAGGCAGAGAAAACAUUGACUCCUCCCCCAAGCCCAGUCCCUUUUGUUGGCUAUUAUACCUAUUCCAAUCUGACUUUCUAUGAGAUCAAAGUUGGACGCGGUGGGGUGCUGGUCAUGCAGCAGUUUGGGCCUCAUGCUGAAGAGCUGAUUCCUGAGAAAUAUCGGACAAUCAAGCUCCAUCAUCUGGAAGAUCGUGUCUUCCAAGUUGUUUUUGACAAGGAGUUUCCAUGUGUUCUGCACCUGGGCUCUGCCUCCAUCUCACUGGAGACCCAGAAUGGGCAGCUCUUUAAUUUUUAUCCAUUUGAUCGCAAGGGUUUGUCUCCUGGCUUUGAUGCACCAGGGCUGAACACAUACAACGUGGUGCGUGUACUUCGUAAACCUGUCUUCUAUAGCUAAAUGUCCCCUCUUCUUUUCUGACUAUUCCUGGGGGGUGACUCCAAAUCUGCAUCUUUCCAGACUCUCCUUCUAUGUGGCUUUUUGGAUGCCAUUAAUUGGGAAAUAUACUGGCAAAUGACUGUUACUUCCAACAGACAUAUCAUGUCUCACUUCUGAAAUGACUGCAACGGCUUGCCAUCCCUGUUCCUGCAUGGCAGAUUGGCUAGCAAUGGGGAUGCCUACAGAAAAAAACAAAAAAAACAAAAAAAAAAAACAGGUAGAAAUGAGGUGA